AUGACCCCCGCUCAAAAUGCCCCGGUCAAGUGGCUCGCUGUCGAGAAGAUGAAGGCCCCGGCGUACUACGCCAUGGCGAGGCGAGAAGCCGACAAAGCCAAGGUUCCUCUUGCCUACAGAGCAGGGGGGCGGAUCCUGCUUGGGUCUCGGAAGUUUCGAGGAUGGGACCGAGGCCUGGACCAAACGCUGCUGGGCGGCAAGAGGCGUUCCGUCCACUUGGUGCCCGGCUCAGAUGCAGCACACAACUGGCGGGUCAUCGCUGAC